AUGGAGAGGAAGGGAGGGACUCCCCGGGAGCUGGCUAUGGCCGAACCUCGGCGGCUGCCGGGCCGGAGCUUGUGCAUCGUCACCGGCGCGUCCCGGGGGCUGGGCCGGGCGCUGGCCCUGGUGCUGGCCGGCAGCCUGCAGCCCGGCUCCCACCUGGUGCUGGUGGCCAGGUCGGGAGCGGCUCUGCGGGAGCUGGAGAGGCAGCUGGCGGCGGGGGCUGGGGCUGGACUGCGGCUGAGCCGGGUGGAAGCAGACCUGAGCGGGGAGCAGGGGCUGCAGAGUGUCCUGAGCUCGGUGAGCGAGGCUCGGCAGACGGACGGAGCUCCGGACAGGCUGCUGCUCAUUAACAAUGCGGGCUCACUGGGAGACAUCUCCAAGUUUGUCGUAGAUUUUACCAAGCCUGCUGAGGUCUCUAGUUACAUGGACUUGAACUUCACCUCAGCCAUAUGUCUCACCUCCUUACUGCUCAAGGCCUUCCCCGGACGGGAGAACUUCUGCCGCACGGUGAUUAACAUCAGCUCACUCUGCGCAAUCCAGCCCUUCAAAUCGUGGUCGCUGUACUGCGCAGGGAAAGCUGCUCGGGAGAUGAUGUUCAACGUUCUUGCAGCGGAAGAGCCUGAUGUGAGGGUGCUUAACUAUGCCCCAGGGCCCCUGGACACCGGUAUGCAGGAGCAGGCUCGGUCAGAGACUGGGGACCCGGAGUUACGCCGGACCUUCGAGGCCAUGCACCGGCGGGGACAGCUGAUAGAUUGUCAGGAAUCCGCCCGGAAGCUGGUGGACAUCCUGGCGAGGGAUGAGUUUAAGUCUGGAGCCCACAUUGACUACUUCGACCAGUAACCCCGGCAGCACUGACCAUCAUCGGCAGCAUCCAUCAUCAAAGAUCCCCACCAUCCGGGCCAUGCCAUCUUCUCACAGCUACCAUCGGGCAGGAGGUACAGAAGCCUGAAGUCCCACACCUCCAGGUUCAGGAACAGCUACUUCCGUUCAACCAUUCGGUUCUUGAACCAACCGGCACAACCCUCAUCACUACCUCAGCGUAACAACACUGGGACCACUUUGAUCAUUUUGCACAAACAUGGAGUUUGAUUUUUUUGGUUCUAAUUGUGUUCUUGUAAAAAUUGUGUUUAAUGUAUGCUUUUCUUGUGAAUGCUGCUUAUCUGAUGCUCUGUGCCUGUGAUGCUGCUGCAAGUAAGUUUUUCAUUGCCCCUGUGCACACACGGACUUGUGCAGAUGACAAUAAACAGGACUUUGACCUUGA